CCAGCACCGGGGCCCUGGCUGCAGUCUGGAAGCCGUGGGGACAGCGAUGUCCCAGCAGGGUGGCACAGCAGCCCCCGGCCGUGGGACCAGGCUCCUGCCCAAGGCUGACGCCUGGCUCGGCUGGGAAUGGGGAGCCCCGUGGGUCUGCCACGGUCCCAGCUCACCACCCAUCGCCGCUGCCCUCCUGACCUCGCCAUGGGCCAGGGUCACACAGAGCCAAGUGCCCGGUGCCCGGUGUCCGGCGCUGCCCACGCAGGCACGUGCACACACCACCGGCCCGGCUCUGAGUCACACGCGGCGGCUGCACGCAGCGUCGCGCCAGCUCCGCAGGCAGCAGCGGCUCCCGGCCUCGCAGCAGGGACCUGCUCUGCCCCCUCCCCUCCACCCCAGCACGGCCCCCCCCUGCCCUCCCCACCCCACGUCCCAGGGAGGAGGACGAUGCCGGGGCUGCGGUGAAGCUGGGGGGCUGGCUGCCCAGCUGUGGACGGUGCCGUGGGAUCCCUCCCGGACACGGGGACAGCAGAGGAACAGCUGCUGGUGACGCCGCUAAGUUGGGGAAGGAUGUUCUAAGGCCUCUGCCCCCCCAGAGGCCCGAUGCCCGCCCGUCAGCCGUAUUGCAGCUGUGGCCGUGGGCCUAGCAUGGCGCAGGGGAAGUGGUACGGGGUCCGCUCCUACCUCCACCUCUUCUACGAGGACUGCACUGGGGCGAGCCCUGACGGGGACAGGGAUGGGUCCUCGCCGCAUGGAGCCUGGGCCCCCCUUAUCUGGAAGGUGAGCCUCUCCACGGGCACCCUGUUCUUGCUUGUGGGGGCCGCGGCACUGGCCACCGGCUCCCUGGUGCCCCCGAAGCUGGAGGGGAUCGGGGAGGAGGAAUUCGUGGUGCUGGACGUGCAGGCGGUGCGGUACAACCACGCGCUGGGGACAUGCCGCCUGGUGGGCUUGGCACUGUGCGUGGCAGCCGGGGCACUGGGUGCCAUCGGGCUCCUCUCCUGUGCACUGGCCCUGCGCCACCCCCCGGAAGAGGAGCAGCAGCUCUCGCCCAUCCUGCGUGGCAGCCCCCCACUGCAGCCCCCCGCCGCCUUCACCACGGCGGGGACGGUGGUGCCCUUCGGCAUCUCCCACGUUCACAGCAUCCAGCCCCGGUGGGACACUUGAGGCCGGGGAGGUGAUGGGUGACGCCUGGCACAGGGCCAAGGGGCCAAGCCAUGUCGUACCCUGGGAGCCAGACGGAUCACCUGGAGCUGGUUUGGGGCGAGCACUGCGGAGCAUCCAGCUCAGCCCCGGCGCGGCCACCGUGUCCCACUGUCCCCCACAGCCCCGCUUCCACCACUCAGUAAAGAUGCUGAGAGAUCCCUUC